AUGGACACCGGGCCCGUGCGCCGAAACAGGACCGCCGUCUCCUUCUCGCGCGUGCACGCACCGUCCGAGAACGGCCUGGGUCAGCCGAAGGAGGCCUUUGAUGAUUUCGAGUUAGUCAAAUACAAAUUCGCAGCACCACUGGCCCUGCACGGUGACCCUAGCCGGAGCCUCUCGCCGCCGGCGAGCACCGCGACCCCUUCUCCCUCUCCUCGUCCUCGUACUUGUCGCCCUUCCACCCCCGCGCGCUUCUGCGUUCCGCGUCCCAAGGCCGCCACCCUCGUGUCCCUCUCCCACUCGCUCCUCUCCCAGGUCGCCGCCGCCCGCGCCGCCCGUGGCGACGCCGCCGCGGCCUCACGCGCCCGUCGGAUCGCGUUCCUCUUGUCAUCCCGUGGCGCCUGGGGGCUUGGCUGGGACUACCUCCGGCACUACACCUUCUCGUCGGCCACCGGGUGCGGCCUCUCCUGCGCGGCCGCCGCGUCCCGCCUCCUCGCUGCUGCCGCGGAGGCCUCGCGCCUCCGUUCCGCCACUGACGCCGCCGGGCCGUUGAGAGAGGUGGUGAUGGAUGUGAAGUGGGAGGUGGAGGAAGGGGAGUUGCUCAAGGAUUGCCUGGAAGUGGGAGCAAAGGACUUGCAAGGCUUGCUUGUCAUUGCCAAAGAUCUUUUCGCAGGUGCUUCAAAAGCUUCUAUAUUGAGUCUGAACACUUCAAAAUACUGGGGUAAGGUGGACGACGGUAAGAUGCAUCAGUUCAACUGGUAG